ACCGUCUCGUCUUUAAAAGGCUUCUUUCUGCUCACUUCUACUGCCCCAUCGCUGUGUGCGUGCGUGUGUUUGCACGAGCCUGACAGGCUGCCUCUCCCAACUCCACUACAACCACGAUCCGAGUUACAGAGGAGGCUGCCGACUCAAGCCUCCAUCCGCCAUUUUCAGCAGAUUGGAGGCAGGUAGAGCACAAAAAUCACAAGUCCCCGCUCUGUUAAAGCAGAGUCCAUGUGAUAUCAUUCAUAAGGACUGGCUGCCCACUAUACUGUGGAAACCAACCUCAACAGGUUAUGGCAAUAACUGGUGGGAUGGUGGAAACUCUCGAUGGAAUUCCAGCUCAUGUGUGGAAGGGUUUGCCCGACUGUUUGAGUCUCGGACCUUCUGCUAUAAAUCAAAACCGUAUCGGUGUCUGGGCCACUCGGGUCAUUCCUAAAGGGAAGAGGUUCGGCCCGUUCGUUGGAGAGAAGAAGAAGAGGUCCCAGGUGACGAGUAAUGUUUACAUGUGGGAGGUUUAUUUCCCAGCACGAGGAUGGAUGUGUGUUGACGCCACAGACCCUGUGAAGGGGAACUGGUUGCGAUAUGUGAAUUGGGCGAGGUCAAGUGAAGAGCAGAAUCUUUUCCCUUUGGAGAUCAACAGAGCCAUUUACUACAAGGUUUUAAGGCCUAUCGGGCCGGGAGAGGAGCUGCUGGUGUGGUACACUGUGGAAGACAACCCUGAGAUAACAGCUGCACUGGAGGAAGAAAGAGCCAGUAGUCUGAGCAGGAAAAACUCACCCAGGGCGAAGCGAGCCAGAAGAAAGCUGCUGGAGAGAGCCAGACAGGCUGGUUUGGGUGGAUUCAAGAAAACAAGUGUAACCAAACCUACCGUCAAGGAGAUUAAGGAGAUGUGGGAUGGGGAAGACAGUCUUAAGGAGGAGGAUGGGAAGCCAUCCACCUUUGAGCCCUCACAGGAACUCCAGGAAACCCAUCCCAUAAAAAGCACCAACUAUACAGAUGCAGACAACAUGUCAACAGCAAUGACAGACAGGGGAAACGGUGAGCAGAAGGAAGACGAGGAUGAGGAAGAGGAGGAGGAGGAGGAGGAUGCUGAUGAUUUGGAAGAACCAAAGGAAGUACAUCAGCAAACUGCACAGCAUUCACGUCCUGAAUUCAUGCAGAAUAAGCUGACAUGCGGUGAAGAGAACCUUAAGGGCUGGCAAGGAAAGGCAGAGUCUUCCUCACUUGCAGGGCAAGAGCUAGAAGUUGAUCCUGAGCUUGACCUUGACCCUGAUCCUGAUGGUGACCUUGAAGUGGGUCCCCAUGGUGAGUCAUAUCCCUGUCAGCACUGUGAGCGCCACUUUUCCACCAGACAAGGUCUGGAACGUCACAACCACAUUCAUGCCAUCACUAACCAGCAAUCACAACUGUUCAAGUGCCGGUACUGCAGUAAGUCCUUUGGUUCACAGGUGGGGAGGCGGCGACAUGAGAGGAGACAUGAGAGUGGGCCGAAAAAACGGCCUGGCUCUCUGGCAGGCACUGCCAGUCUGCUCAGUCCUGUAUUGCAGACUGAUGGUUCGAGUCCAGACUGCACCAGUCCAACCACUCACUAUAUAGCCAUAGGGUCGCAGUUUACUGGAGGAUCUAUACACAACUCUGAGAUGCAGAGAAAGGAGUCUGGACUUAAUGCGGACCGUCCCUUUGUUUUGGAUGAAAAUGGGGAAUCUAAAGAACUCCAUCCCUGCAAGUACUGUAACAAAGCAUUUGGCACACACACUAACAUGCGCAGACACCAGCGCAGAAUACAUGAACGACACUUGCUACCAAAGGGAGUGCGCAGGAAAGGCAUGCUUCUGCAAGAGGCCUCAGCACAGCAGCAGCCUGAUGAGUCCCCCAGCACCAGCCCUCCGCCCGUCUAUGUGCCCAGUGCAGACACAGAAGAUGAAGCAGACAGGGAUGAUUACACAAUGGACAUAUCUAAAAACAUCUCUGAGAAUUUGAGCUUUUACAUUGAUGGUAAGAUUGUGUCCACUAGCACAGUGAGCAGCUGUGAGGUGAUAGAGGUAGACUCCAGAUCUGCAGCUCUGUUUGGUCUAGAUACAGUCAUCAUCAGCCCAAAUCAAAUUAGUCAGGCACUGAAGGUUGAGAGUAGAACCAAUGCUGCAAAGCAAGUCUCUAACAUUGGUCAGCCAGCAGCUAAAAGAAGAACGUCUACACCCCCCCUUGUUCCCAGCCUGAAAGUAGAAACAGAAACAGCAUCUUUCACAGCCUCUACAUCAUCGUCAUCAUCUUCCUCAUCUUCCUCAUCUAACUUGUUAGUGGGUGGACUAUUCCAGCAAGCUGCAGAUUCCUCAGCAUUUCAGCGGGAGAAAACUGUAUAUCUGUCACCUAAGCUCAAGCAACUCCUUCAGACACAAGACAUUCAGAAAUCCACAAUAGCUCUGAUAACAGAAAGCCAUAGACUAGCCUCCCCUCUGUCAGUCACACCGUUACCAGGAGUUUCAGGAAGGUUUAAAAGAAGAACAGCCUCUCCCCCAUCUACUCCACAGCUCAGUCCUGCAUGUAAAACAGAGAGCUGUAAAGCCGAGGUGACAAGCUCAUUCACCCUUAAGGUGCCAAAGGUAGAAAACCGCAGCGCAUCACCUCCUGGGAGCCUGCUAGAAAAGGAAGAUGCAGACAGCUUGAGCCCCUCUGGAAAUAAUACUCACAGCCAAACUUCCAGUAGUGGGGGUAAUUCCUGUAAUCAGCAGCCCUUGGAUCUGUCAAACUCCGUGAGCAAGAGGAGUGACAGUUUGAACAAGGUGCUGGGGGAUUCAGCUCUUGAUUUAAGCUUACAUCGGAAGAGUGCCGAGCCUGAAUUAAAGGGAAGUUUAGCACCACAGCCACUGAUUAAAAAGAGAAAGCCCAACACCAGCAUGCUUGAGAAGGUGCUGAUGAAUGAGUAUGUAGGUCUUACUUUGCCGGGAGAGGACAGCCCUUCAGCCUUAGCAAACAGUUGUUUUAAUUCUCACUCUCCAAACGUUAUAUCAGAGUCUGCUCAUUCCUCCCCGCCCUCUUUGACACCUGUCACUAUGAACCCCUCUUCCCCUGGCACAUCCAGUGUUACGUCGCCAACACCGCCUCCUCCUGUUCUACCUACCAUACCGUCUCCUCCAGCUAUGCCUAGCUCUCCACUCUCUCAGCCUUCAGACUCCUCUGCACUCAGACCACUUCCUGUGCUCUCACCAAAAAUGUCUCCAAGAUCGGUUGAACACAAGCUCCAGUCAGACUCAGAGGAGGUUAUGUCAGCUGAUGAAAACAAAGUUGAGGAAGAGAACCACUUCCCUGAGCCAUUACAAUCCCCUAAGACUCCACUUGAAGAUAACACAAAUUCUUGCGCUUCUGAACCAGCACAGGUGGAACUUCUACCUACUGAAGCAGACAUUUCUUUGACUACAGCUUCCAAUGGUCUGCUAAAUGGCAAGGUGAACCAAAACGUAGAUUCUGUAACAGAGGAGUCUUCUGCUGCUUUGUCGUCCCAGCCGGAUCAAGCAUCUUCAUCAUCAUCUCCUGCACCAAGUGAUCCAUCCUCAGCACCACUCUCGCCAUCCCUCCCGCUGAUUAAGAUUAAAACCGAGCCUCAACCCAGCAUAGAUGAGAUGUCUGUUAUGAAUCAUGCAACUUUGGACACUGUUGACUCUUCAUCUCUGCCUUCUGCUCCUGAUAAACCGUCUGAUAAAACCUUUGAAGGGGAGGAAAUUGACUCAACAUUCUGCAAGACCUUUGUGUGUAACGUCUGCGAGGAGCCGUUCACCUCCAUCAAAGAGCUCAGUGGUCACAUCACAGAGCACGUUGCCGACUGGCCCUUCAAGUGUGAAUUCUGUGUGCAGCUGUUCAGUGACAGCCCGGCACUACUGGCUCACCGGACAGCACUUCAUGGAGUGGGGAAAAUCUUUGUGUGCUCUGUUUGUUCUAAGGAGUUUGCUUUCCUUUGUAACCUCCAGCAGCACCAAAAAGACUUGCAUCCAAACGAGACCUGUUCACAUAAGACUGUGGAGAGCGGAAAGUUAAGACCACAAAACUACACAGAUCCAUCUAGAGCCAAAGAGGAAAGUUGUCCUUCAACACCAGCACCAGAGAUGACAGAUGAGGCUGCACCACACAAUGACUCUGACUUAAUGAAAGAAGAGACUGAUGUUAACGGUAAUCACACAGAGGAAGGAGCUGAAGACCCCAAUGAGGAGCUGUACACUACAAUAAAGAUCAUGGCCUCAGAAGGAGGAAAGCCUAAAGGCCCUGAUGUCCGCCUUGGCAUUAAUCAACACUACCCCAGUUACAAACCCCCCCCUUUUCCUUAUCACAGCCGUUCCCAUGCUGGCUCUGUGGCCUCAGCUACUAACUUCACCACACACAACAUACCACAAACUUUCAGCACUGCCAUUCGCUGCACAAAGUGUGGCAACAGCUUUGACAACAUGCCCGAACUGCACAAGCACAUUUUGGCCUGCGCUAACGCUAGUGAUAAGAAGCGUUACACUCCCAAGAAAAACCCCAUCCCCCUCAAGCAAAUAGUUAAGAGCCCUAAUGGAGUCGUGUCGCCCUCAGCAGUCACUGCAGGCCACAGUGCUUUCCGUAGAAUGGGUCAGCCAAAGAGACUUAACUUUAAUCAAGAUACAGGUAAAACAAAAAUGAGUGCCCUCAGUAAAAAGAAAAACCAGCUGGUCCAGAAGGCUAUUUCACAAAAAAAUAAAGCAGCCACCAGUUCAAAGAAGGCUAUUGUUAAAACUGAGGAGGAGUCAGCUUCAAGCGUCUGCCCCCACUGCAGCAGGGAGUUUACUUAUACUGCAAGUCUCACUAAACAUAUGGCCAUAAGCUGCCCCAUGAAGCCUGUGGUAAAAAAGGGUAAAAAAACUCCUGCAGAGGUGAAAAAAGAAACACUGUCUGUGGUGGAUAAAAACAUGAAUCUGAGGAAGAAAGCCUCAGAGCCAGAAAUCCUACAGACAGAGCCAGAGUCUAAACCCCUGGGAAAGACAAGAGCUCGGAGCUCCACUGCAACAGAUCCUGAAUCCACCCAGACCAGCAAAGGCAAAACAGCUGCUACCCAGGGCCGCCAAAAAAGGCCCGCCUCUUUCCCAGCACCAGUUCCUCCUAGCAAAAAAACCAAGAAGGGCCAAGUUCAGUCUCUACCUCCCACACCUACAACCCCAGAAACUCCUAGUGACACAACACAACGGCCAGCCAUGAGAAUGCAGCGCAUGGGUAAGGAGGCAGCACCCAAAAGAUUAGCAGAGGCCAAAUCACCACCACCUCCAACACCGCCACAGCCACAACAGCCGAAGAAAGAGGUGCGGUUACCCCCAAGAACAAGGGAGCGUGUAGGUGGUCCAGUUACCAGGAGCUUACAGAUAGCCAACACAGCUUCUGCUGAGGUGAAAACUGAGGAACCAUCGAUUCAAGAAUCAAAGGAGACUCAGGAGUCGCUGAUGAAGUGAGCCAUGUGGACUUGAUGAGCUCUUCCUGGGAUUAUGUUUCCCACAUCUCUCAGCUCUGGACUAAUCAAGGCACUGACAGCACUAAGGUGGAUCUUUAGUGAUGGGCUUAUUCACUCACAAACAAGUGAAGGCUGCUUAUCUCACCUGCCUUUGCUGGAUUUAAGGAGGGAACUGUUUUUAUCUUCCACCUUUUGAAUUGAACUGAGCCUUGAUCUUAGCCAGCCUUGCAAAAAAGGAUAAAGAAACUGUACAUGACAAUGAGUUAAUAUAUACAAAAUGUGUCAUUACUUGACCCAAAACAGUAACACUAGGGCUCCGUUAUUCUGGGAAGCUGAUCUAUUGCAAAAGGCAAUCAUGUAUCAGUUAGGGUUAGGGAAACUUGUUGAUUCUUUUUCUCCGUCUUUCCCCCUUUGGUUGUUUAGAAUUUUGGAUGUUUCCAGAGUCUCUUAAUGCAUGUGCUGAAUAGAAUAUGAACUAGAUGAAGCCAAUUUCCUUGUCUUUCCCAAUGGGCACCUACUUCAGUUUAUACAUGAUUUGCAAAGUAUGUAUGUUUGAUUUAAAUUUCUGUAGUCAUUAUAUUGUAGAAUAUAUCUUAUUGGCAUAUUUUUGUUUGGGAAACAAAAAUAGAAAUGGCAGUUGAUCACUGCAACAAUUGGUCCUCAGGAACACUGUAUAUGUGUGUGUGGUAAGUAUGUGUAUGGUUCUGGCUGGACGUGUGGCCUGACAGCUAUUACUUUAGUCUAAACCCCCUGGUAUGUGUCAUGUUCUUACUUUCUUUCUCAGAAGUUUUUCCUCAUCUGACGUUAGAGGGUAAUUCCAGUCAUAAAGCGAUGGGAAUAACGUUGAAGUCUCCUUAAAAAUGUCUGCCUAGAAAAUAAUUUUAAAUGUCACCCAUUCAGCCUAGUGUUCUUACAGCACUUUAAAACAAACUGCCAAAUUAUUUUUGCUUGACCAGUAAGAUUGGCUCAAUUAAAUGGGAAAUAAUGGAAUGUAUUCAGGUCUGUUGCACUUUGCAGACACAUGUACAAUUUUGCAGAUGAUUCAUCUUAUAAAAAAAGCUUUUACAGCCUUUCAGCCAAUAAAUCUCCAAUGAUCUAACACACUUUGACACAUGAACCAACUUUAUGUGCUUAAAUGCAUGAUGAUAACUCCGUUCAUUUGAAUGCAGCAGUGUUACAUGUUUGAAGUCCUUUGUAUGUGGGCAUACAAAAAGUUGUUUCAUGUGUUUUUAUUUGGAAAGCCAUGCCACAGUAAUGCAAUUGAUGAACAAUAUCAUCUUUGUUUCUGUGAGAAGAUACUUUUGGUAAAACUGCCAAGGAAAGCUUCUUUAUCAUUUGUAGCUCCCCCUCCCCAGUGCUCAUCCCCACUUGGUCACCCUCAGUUGCCUGACAGACGGCAGCCACGCAGACAGUGCUUUAAAGCUCAUAGCAUGCUAAUGGGAAAGCAAAUUGAUAACAUGAUUUGAAGCUAAUUUAUAUUUCCAUAAGAAAUCUUCAUGUUUUGCCUUUCAGCAUCAAAAUUAUGUAUUUAAGGAUGAACAAAGACAAAAAUCCCGAAUGACCUCAAGUUACAUUGCUGUAAUUGACAUAAUAAAAAGGUUUUUCAAUUUC